AUGCCGUCGAACAAAGAUCGGAUCUACAUCGCGUUGUACGCACGAGGUGGCGAGCCUCAAAUGCCUGGGCUUGAGGAUAAAUACCAUUGGGGUAUCAUCGUUGGUCCCAAAUCCGACGCUUCGGAUGCCCAGGGAAGACGCUUCCACGCCAAAGAACAAAUGACCAUCAACGACGGCCGAGCAGAGUCGUCUUGGCAAUUUGAAGAGCGCGCAAUCUCCAUGGCACCGACAGCCAUGAUACUGGUGCGGGUCGUGGUCGGCAAAGUCGCCAAUACGAAGCGAAUGCAAGAUGUCCUGGAAUCCACUCCGAUUCGAGGAGCAGAGCCUGGCUGGAACUGUGUUGCUUGGGUGCAGGAAGCUUUGGAGCGUCUCCAGGCAGAUGGGAAGGCGCUGGGAACAUCGGCCACGGAUUGGAAGAGCGUCCGAGACGCCGCGAUGAAUUAUGUGGAACACAAGAAGGCACAGCAUCGUUUCGAUGGGAAUGGCCAAUUCGACAACACAAAGGUGCCGACCUGGGAUUUGAUCGAAGGUGUUGAGGUGUUUCCAUGA